AGUGUGCGGGUAAAAGACACGAAAAACGGCUACUCUCCUUUCCUAUACCUCUCGAUAAUAAUUUGUCCACACUGUGAUAACCAUGGCUCUUGUGACGUAAAUAACACAAGGAAAAUACAGUACCAUGAUGGGUUGGUGCAAGUUCUCAAGUGUGCCUGUCACCCUGCCUACAUAGGU